CACUACUAUAUAACAAAUAAUUUGAGUCAGGAUGGAUAGGUACCGGGAAGAAUGGGGAUGUUGGUGGAAGCAGUAUGUGAAUUAUCUCUCAGCAUUACCCUCUCCUGCUUAUCAGCCACAGAUAUUGUUCAGAGUUCCAGUCAACUUCCCCUCUAACUUCGCCUCUAAUUUCACAUCUGUCAGUAACCCCGUUACCGGAUACAAGUACAAAAUGGCGACCAUUAAACGACGAAUUGCGGCGGAGAUUAUCGAUUUUCAGAUUCUGAUGUUCGUGAAGUACAUCCUAUUCACCAUGCUAGGGACGGAACAACAGGCGUUUGUAAAAGCGUUCCUCUUAGAUGAGGACUUGGAAUCGGAGAUAUCAAUGGACGAGCUGAUGGAUUUUCUGAGCUAUCUGUUUCUUUAUUGGGCUAUUGUUUUAGUUUAUGAGUCCGUGCUAUUGUCUUAUUCCCGAGACGGGAGAGGUGGAGCAACUAUUGGAAAGCGACUAAUGGGAAUUAAAGUGGUGAAAGCACAAAGUGUGGUCCACCUUCCAGCCACAAAUCAAGUAGUCGUUAAGCCUGGCACCGACAUUGGAUUCUGGAGGGCCGUAUCGCGUACCGCCUUCAAAGAUCUGACAACAACUGUCUUCUUCCCCGUGUUCUUUACCAUGCUGCACUCGCGAUCCGGACAAUCAUUUUACGAUAUAACAACUGGGACGAUCGUCGUUCAGAAGGAAGGAGAGCCAGUGUUCGAGAGCUCCUGACACCGACACAUCUAAGAGAGAAAGAGCUGUUUAAAUUAUCAUUGUCAUUGACCAAUCCUGCUUUUUAGCCGCUUGUCGAGACAGGUAACGAGAAAAGCAGGAAUGUGUUUGAGGAUUGCCGAACUAACGUUUAGUUUUAUCUGCAAAAGGAGACCGAGAUCGGCUUUGAUCGAUCAUUUUUCCGCGAACGCCAUGCUUCCGAAUUUAAAUCAGGUACACAGUCGUUCAGUUAUUAUACAGAACUAGUUUAUUGCAUCCAGAUUGAUCGAGAACAGCUUGGCAUUGAAGUUUAACGAUUAUUUGUUAUUUUUAACGAGCAUUGUUCACAGCUACUGGGAUUAAUCCUUAAGAAAUGUUGAUGAUGGAUUUGUUUAAAUCGUCAGCAAAUGUAGCGUUGGCGCUAUGCACGGGGUGAGACUGAUUUGCUGCUCACUUUGUUAGAUCGACACAUUUUAUUCGCAGAGAAUUUCCAUAAUUGGUAUUAAGAAUUACGCUGUUUGUCUUUUUUUCGUAUUUGUUUUUAUUAUUCAUUUUGGCUGA